CAGUCAUUGUUGUGCUCAUGCAACACAAAACCGGUGCCUUUAAAAGGUUGAGGUGUGAUUAAUCAGAUUAAAGACCUGCUGAAAAUAAACUUUAUUGUUACUGUUUGGUACAAGAAUGAAGACCUCUCUUCUUUUAGGGAUUUUUCUUGGACUUUGGGCAAUGGUCUAUUCUACUCUGGUUAAUUCUGUGACCCAAAUUCCCAUUAAAUCUGAGGAAGACGUCCUCCGCGAGGCUGUGACCGAUGGGUUCCUUGUUGAACACUUUCCCUCCCCGUCACUCAAAUCCGCACCACUUCAAGAAAACCCGACCACUCAAAAGUUCAACCAAACAUCCUCGGGCACAGAGGAUAGUGAUAAUCAUACCCUGUUGAAUGAGACCACUGAAGGCAGCACAUCAGGUGACGGGCUCUUCCAGCUCAGGGAUGAAGGUUAUUCAACCACAAGCGAUGAACGAAAUUUGUCAAGUUCCGACUCAUCUACUACCCUAAGUCCUCACUCUAACUGGACCUCUUUGUCAGAGCCAAACGCAACCCAGUCAAGUAACACCACAGAGCCCAGUCUGCCCUCCCAAACUAAUGACCCAGAGAGUUUUUAUUCUGCAUCUGGAAAUAGCGAGAUGCUAGACCAGUAUUCUUCUACACAACCUAGUAUAACCUAUACUCGAGGUGAUGUGGCCACAUCAUCUUUCUUUAACACAGAACAGGAGGCUCUAGGUGAUGAAGAUUUGGGGUCAGGAGCAGGAUUUGGAAUCCCAAAGGAUAAAGGAAAAGCCAGAAUAUUUGAAUUUCCAUCUGUCCAAGGUGGUGAAUUUUACCAAGUUCCGAAGUCCGACAAUUCUCCAGCAUCAGACCAACACAAAGGACAUGUGACACCAGAUUGGAUCAUCAUCUUGGGUUUUGUUGUUGGAGUUGCAGCACUGGUGAUGCUUUGUGCUGCUAUCGCUACCAGAGACAAGUGGAAUGGUCCGAGGCAAGCAUCGAGUCCACAAACCAAAGUUGACUCCUCACAGCAGCAGAAAGCAGAGAACGAAGCAUUCCUUCAAAAAGAUACACCCGUGGAAAAUGGAAAUGGAGUAGAGUACACAGUUAUCCCGUUGGAAGAGCUUCCAGAGAAAGAUUUACAAUGAGACAAACAUUUUAUUCCAAGAAUGUGGAGCUCUGCCUCCUCAGACGCUGGACAAAAAGAUUGAGUAUUCUUGCAACUUUAUAUUGCAAGAAAUAUUUGGCUUCCUGGUGGCAUUCAUAAAUACUUUGCAACUACAUCACUACUCAUUUCUAAUUAGCUAGUGUCAUAAACUCUUGUUAACCAUUAAAAUCUGGUCAAUUGAGUAGUUAAAAGUAUUUCUUCAAUACCACCACCUAUUUCUGCGUAAUAUUCAAAGAAGUGUUAAUUAUUGGUCUGUUGAUAGGCAAUAAAAAAUUAUAUAUAUAUAUAUAUAUAUAUAUAAUGUAAAAUAUUGGAUUGAAGUAUAAUAUGUAAUUAUUCAUUAGUAAUUAUAAUUAUUAUGACAUUAUUUUUGUACAUUUUUGUAAAAAUGUUAUUGUAUGUCAACUAUGAAAGCACUGAAUCUACUUAUGCACCUUUUUAGAAGUUCCUAUUCUGUACCAUAUGAAACAUGCUUUGAGAAAUAGGUCGACCAGCACCUCAUCAAUAAUUUAUUUGUAUCAUUUGAUAUUUACAUACACAUAUGAACACAUGAGACACACUUUUGGUAUAUUUUUUUUUGCCUGACAAAGACUUAUGCCCUGCAGUUGUUCAACAUGCUUGUGAAUUUGGACAGUCUAGGUCAAGAUACAUUGCAAUGGAUGUUAGAGAGAAAAAAGAAAUAGAAAAUACAUGUUGAAUUUACUAAAGAGUUCACAUUUUCAUUUUUAAAAAAAAGAAGAAAAGAAAGAAAUUACUAACCCAGAUCAGUUGAUCAAGAACAUUUCCUGGUCAUAUCCCGAAAAGAUAAAAGGAAAUAUCAAAGUGAAGUUUUAAAUUCAGCGAUAAUAUAUUCCAUUCAUAUGAGUCUGAUAUUCAGAUCAGGACGUCAAUCAGAAUCAGGACAGACUUUUCCCAUCUUCCUGAAAGGUGCUAUACUGAUAGCCAUAUUUCAUGAAAGCAAUGCAGUUCAAUUCAGCAUGUCACAGUUUGGUUUAGAACAGUAAACCCUGAUCUGGCUAGUGUUUUCACUGAGUGCUGUAUUGGUCAGGUAUUUCAAUAAAAUACAAACAUACAAAAGG